GCCAGAUGGAGAUGGGAGUAAGAGGAAUCCGACGGACAGACAAGGGGGCGGGUAAGGCAGGGGGUGUCUGAGCUUUAGGGAAACAUACUGAUAGGACGAAACAGAUGCGGACCGAUGGGCUAGCAAGCUAACUGUCUGGGCUGAAAACUCCAACUCCGCGCAGCGCUCACAGCUGAUCGCCGAGAAGCAGCCCUGCCGGACCGGAACCGCGCCGAACCACGGAGGUUUACGGCGAAAUGGGUUCAGAGCCACCUUCAUCCCCACCAGUGGUGGAGGAGGGAGGUGAGGAUGAAGAAGAAGAGCUGAGUGGGGCAGAGGAGGUGGACUCGAGGGUGACCCCGGGUCGCGGAUCCCUGCUGACGCGGCGAGGUAUCACCCUGCGCGUGCUGCUGAAAGACGGACUGGUAGAACCCGGGGACGGUGUGCUGUCCAUACACUACCUGGGAAAGAAGUUUGUGGGGGAUCUGCUCUGCGACGGAAAGAUCCGCUGGGUGGAAACGGGACAGAUCUUCAACUCGCCCAGUGCCUGGGCAACACACUGCAAACGGCUGGUCAACCCCGCCAAGAAAUCGGGCUGCGGCUGGGCUUCCGUGCGCUACCGAGGCCAGAAACUGGUGCAGUACAAGACCAGCUGGCUGCACAAGUACCAGCCCAGUGGAGAGGUGAGUCUGGCGAGUGAAGGCGAUGAUGAAGAGAUGGGAGAAGAGGAAGAGGAAGAUGGCAAGACAUCGGAGCAGGUGGAGGAGAAGAACCGAAAGGGCAAGAUGGACCAGCAGGAGAUCAGUCUAUUACAGCGCAGGGGGGACAGAGAGAGGCUGCCAGUUAGGUACUGCACACUGGGAACCCGGGACUCUGCAAGGGACCCUCACACUCUGGUUGAACUUUCUGCAUUCUCUGCCAUCAAUCGUUUCCAGCCCUUUAACGUUGCUGUGUCGAGCAACGUGCUGCUGCUGAUGGACUUCCACUGUCAUCUGACCACUAGUGAGGUGGUGGGCUACCUCGGGGGGCGCUGGGACACCAACACACAGCUGUUGACAGUCCUUAGAGCAUUUCCAUGUCGCACGCGGCUGGCAGACCGAGAUUCUGCACCUGCUGUUGAAGAAGAGAUCUGCCAGAACCUGUUUAUGCGGGGGCUGUCACUGGUGGGCUGGUACCACAGCCACCCGCGAGGCCCAGCCUUGCCAUCCCUGCAGGACAUUGACUCCCAGAUGGACCAUCAGCUCCGCCUGCAGGGCAGCAACAACGGCUUUCAGCCCUGCCUUGGGGUCAUCUGUGGCCCUUAUUAUCAUGGCAACCAGGGUGUAGCAUCUACCAUAACGCCUUUUUGGGUGGUGCCACCACCAGAGCAACGACCCAAUGACUACGGUAUACCUGUUGCGGUCGAGGUGACCUACGUUCAAGACAACUUCCUGACCAGCGACGUUUUAAACGAGAUGAUGCUGCUGGUGGAGUUUUACAGAGGAGCCCCUGAUCUCGUGCAGUUCAGUCAGAUGUGGAGCCCGGACAUAACAAUGCUGGACAAAAUUAAGGGCUCCCUGAGCGGCCAUGCUCCUAAAGACCAGGCCUACUCGCAGAUCCUGGAGCACGUCUACAACCAGCUGAGCAGCAGUCAGUAAAGAGGAAGAUGAAUGCUGUCACAGGAUGGCCUCAGCCCUAGGGCCCCCCCCCCUCCCCCAUAGUCCCAUUCUCUCCUGACCAAGCUCUGUGUAAGGGAGAGCCCCCAUCUUCUUGGUGCUUCAUCUUCAGUGUAGCCUCAGUGUCCAGGCAUCGCUGGCCUGGCCACACCUCUCUGGGGGGCCGUGUAGGAUACCGAGCCUGGUCCUCCUACCGCCUUUAUUACUGUGAGAUCUUUGCUACUGACGCGUUCCUGCAGUCCGUAACCUGUGUCUUUGUGUCACUCCUACGGUGGUGUCGAAAUGCUGGAGAAAAAUCGGGAAACUGCAAUGGAAAUGGACACGAGGAGUGCUCCUCAUAUUCUUACCAGUAUUCGUGAGUCCUGUAGAAUGAAUGUGAUGUCUGCAUAUUAACUGGGAAUAAUGCCUUUAACCUGCUGGAAACCUUAAAUACACACACUGGACCUUCUAA